AUGAAGAGCACUAGGAGUGAAGUGAAGAAGAAAUCAGAGAUAGGUUCUGCUAUUGAAGAGCUUUCUACUAUGAUCAUAAUUAAACCUGAUGAAAAUCAUGACUCUGCUCAUAUCCCCACCAAGCCUUUCCUUUCUGUUUGUUAUUUGGUGCUGCAAGUUCUUGAUAAGAUAGGACCAACAAUGGCUGUUUUGAGACACGACGUACACCAGAAUAUUAAGACAUUGGAACUGAUGCAUGAGUCAAAUACCUCAGUGAACUCGAAUCUGAUAGAGAUUUUGAAGUCUGAAGCAAAAGAAGGCACUGCAAGACAAGGGUCUAGCUGCAGUAAGGCCAUGGUUUGGCUCACUAGGACACUGGAUUUCACCUCGUCGUUGUUACAAACUCUAGCAAAAGACCCUGAAAAAAGAAUGGAGGAAGUAGUUGAAGAGGUUUAUGAAGUAACCUUAAAACCGUGGCAUGGAUGGAUAUCAUCAGCUGCUGUCAGAGUGGCUCUAAGACUGGUACCAGAAAGUAAAACAUUUAUGGAUAUUCUUAAAACUGAAGAGGAAAACUAUGACACCCUAAAGGAGAACAUUCAGAUGUUGGUUUCUCUGUUUGUGCCUUUUCUUGAGGAUAUCCAUUGUAUUCUAAGAUUGUUUAACUUGGACACGAUAAGGUCAAUCUGA